CCCCCCAUGGCCGAGGUGCUGGAGCCAGAUCCCGGGCCGCCCGAGGAUGCGGCAGCCCAAGACCUGGAGACGCCGGUGUGGACGGCCCCGGAGGACGCGGGCCCCCAGCCCGGAAGUUACGAGAUCCGACACUAUGGACCGGCCAAGUGGGUCAGCACGAGCGUCGAGUCCAUGGACUGGGACGCGGCCGUCCAAACUGGCUUUACCAAACUCAGCAGUUACCUUCAGGGCAACAACGAGAGAGAGAUGAAAAUAAAGAUGACAGCGCCCGUGACGAGCUACGUGGAGCCUGGCUCGGGUCCGUUCAGCGAGGCGACCGUGACCACUUCCCUGUACCUCCCUUCGGAACAGCAAUCGGACCCACCCAGGCCUUCGGAGUCAGGUGUCUUCAUUGAGGACAGAGCCGGAAUGACCGUGUUUGUACGGUCCUUCGAUGGAUUCUCCAGUGCCCAGAAGAAUCAAGAGCAGCUUUUGACGUUAGCAAGCAUUUUGAGGGAAGAAGGAAAAGUUUUUGAUGAAAAGGUGUAUUACACCGCAGGCUACAACAGUCCUUUCAAAUUGCUUAAUAGAAAUAAUGAAGUGUGGUUGAUCCAGAAAAAUGAAGCCUCCAAAGAAAGUCAAUGAGAAGAUGA